GCAUGCGCAGUGGAGUCUGGAGCGGCGGCGAGUGAAGGAACCAUGGCGUCCUCGGCUGCCCGGUGCUCCUCACGCUGGAUAACGGUGCUCGUGUCCUCUGGACGGCGCAGGGCCGUCGCUGCUGCUGGUGCCCGUGCCGGCCAUGGAGGGGCCCGCAGUAUAUCCACCCUGGGAGCGGAAAGGCUGUGUUGGGGAGGGAACCUGGCGCGUGGCGGAGCGGGGAAAGCGUUGACAUUGAGAGGGCUGUCAGGCAUCAACCCACCACACGCUGCCGGCACGCUGUCCUUCCACACGAGUUCCACCGCCUGUAGCAAGCCGGACUUCUACCAGAUCCUCGGCGUCCCUCGCACAGCAACCCAGAAAGAGGUCAAGAACGCCUACUACCAGAUGGCCAAAAAGUAUCACCCUGACACCAACAAAGAUGACCCGCAAGCAAAGGAAAAGUUUGCUCAGCUGGCUGAAGCUUACGAGAUCCUGAGUGAUGAAGGAAAGAGGAAGCAGUACGACACGUAUGGCUCGACGGGCUUUGACGCUGGUCAGGCUGGCGGAGGGCAGCGUUACUGGUCUGGCCAGGCCAGCAGCGUGGACCCAGAGGAGCUCUUCCGCAAGAUCUUUGGGGAAUUCUCCGGAGGCCGUGGCUUUGGAGACUUCAAUGCCAUAUUUGAACAGCCACAGGAGUACAUCAUGGAGCUGACCUUCACUCAGGCAGCAAAGGGAGUCAACAAAGAGUUUUCCGUUAACAUAGAGGCGGCCUGCCAGCGGUGCGACGGUAAGGGCAAUGAGCCGGGCACCAAGGUCCAGCACUGCAACUUCUGCAACGGCUCCGGCAUGGCGACCGUGAACACGGGCCCGUUUGUGAUGCGCUCCACGUGCCGCCGCUGUGGUGGCAAAGGCACAGUCAUCGCCACUCCCUGCCACUCGUGUCGCGGGGCGGGACAGACCAAGCAGAGGAAGACUGUGACGGUUCCCGUGCCUGCAGGAGUGGAGGAUGGUCAGACAAUCAGAAUGCCAGUUGGUAAGAAGGAGGUCUUCAUCACGUUUAGGGUCCAAAGAAGUCCUGUGUUCAGGAGGGACGGCGCAGACAUCCACUCUGACCUUUUGGUCUCCGUGGCACAGGCGAUCCUGGGCGGCACGGCGCGGGCACAGGGCCUUUAUGAAACACUUAACUUAUCAAUACCUGCAGGCAUCCAGACCGACCAGAGGAUUCGUCUGUCGGGGAAGGGAAUCGCUCGCAUCACUGGCUACGGCUAUGGAGACCACUAUGUCCAUGUCAAAAUCAAAGUACCCAAGAUCCUGACAGACCGACAGAGAGCUCUGCUGGCGAGCUAUGCUGAGGACGAGACGGAAGUAGAGGGGACGGUGACCGGCGUCACGACCACCACCACAGGUGGGGGGAGCAGUGGUAAGCGGUCUGAGGCAGGGCAAAGCGAGCAUGACGAGAAGGAAGCAGAGUUGAAACAAGAGGGGGGCAUCUUCUCCAAAUUAAAGAAAUUGUUUAGUUCGUCCUGAAAGCCACAAACCAGGUAAAAGGUCAACCUGGAACUGAGAAGCUUCAGAAGGGAGGACGGGGGAAGGCGAGCGCAGCCACAUCACAAAAGGGAGGACGAUUGAGGAGUAUUUGGGCGUUGGAUGGACCGACCCAGCACUGAAUAAGCCGGAGGAUCGCCUGCUCUGUUGAAUCCACACACGAGAGGAUGUUCCAGUGCACCAUUCGCCUCCAGUCAGACGUCCAUUGCGGCCAUUCGGGUAGCGCAUGUUGGUUUUCUUUCGAUGCCCUUCCUGAAUUCCUGUGCACAGUAAUAAAUUAGCGGGCUGAACACCGGCGGACGCCAUUGAGGUCCAGUGUUGGGCUCGUCUGCAGGGGAGCGUUUAAGUUUGUCUGUCCUGAACCCUGAUGACCGAACUCCAUCCCUCCCUUUUGCAUUAUGAGAGAAUUCUGCACCUUCAUUACGUUUGUUCGUUGUUGUUGAUAGUUGCGUCAAUGUGUCUCGCAGAAGCGAUAUACUGUACUUCUAUAAUAAAGCUGUGGUCUGAGAAAUGCCUGUUUUAUAGCAACCACUAAAGGGACAGCACUGAGUGCUCGUCGACACAUAAAUAUAUAUAAGAAAAUACAAAUACAUAUUGUGUUCAUCCUCAUUUAGAUACAAAUAUAAUACAAUUAAAAUGCCACAUAACUGCCUCUGACACUUAAAAUAUUAGCAACGCCGCAAAGGUGGAUUAUUGUUUGCAGGGCUUUCGUAAUUGUUGCUGUGUUUCAUAAACUAGCCUGCAUUUUUUUUUUUUGCUUUUGAAUAAAUCUUAUUGGCAAUUGUU